AUGUUCAGCAGACGCUACGAACCGCCACAGACCGUUAACAAGAGUUUCUCGAAGAGCCACAAGGCAUCCAAAUCAAGCUCGUCAUUCAGCAAAUCCAGCGGCGUCUCGAAACAUCGCCAUGAAUCCCGACACAGCCGACGACCAACGACCGCCACUACCACAACGAGCACUGCGACCGAGGAUACUUCCAUGAGCAACAACCUCACUUCUGCGAUCGUAACCCUCGUCGUCGGCACAGAACAACGCCUCUUCGCCGCUCACGAAGACGUCCUCUGCGCAUCGCCCUUUUUCCAAAAUGCCCUCCGCGCCAACCUAUACGGCAGCCCCGCCGACGUCGUCGGCUCCCCGGCCUCCGUUGCCUCCUCGUCAGCCGCCUCCACCAAGCGCAUCGCCCUUCCGGAUGAGGAGCCCGAGAUCUUCUCAUCCGUGCUCGAGUACCUCUACAAGGGCGACUACUACCCGCGCCUGGUGCACAACAAGCGCCGCAACUCGUGGGAGAUUGAGGCCCUCGACAGGACCGCUGACAACGGCAGAGGCGGCGUCGAGUCGACCGUCUACCACCAUGGCAUCGACGGCGAUCUGCUCAAAGACACGGUAAUUUACUGUGCCGCGGAGAAGUAUGGUCUUGAGGAACUGAAAAGGGUUUCGCUGAGGAAGCAGGGUCUUCGUGAGUUUCUCAUCCUGGUGUUUCCAUCUCUUUUCAUUUCGACGUAUCUUACUAACAUAUGGCUUAUGGAAUCCGGCAUCCAGUGCAGCACCAUCCUGGCAUCUGCCCGGUACGCCUACGCAAACACGCCCGACAGCGACUCGAAGCUGCGGGCGCACUACCUCGCCCUCAUCAUCCGCAGCCGAAGCACCUUCAAGCGGAGCGGUACGAUGCAGUUGGAGAUGUUCAACGGCGGCACCCCGCUCUUCUUUGACCUCUUUGUCGCGCUUUGUAACCACGUCGAUGACAUCUCCACUGUGUAA